UUUCUUUCUUUGUAAUCAGCCUCAUUUCAGCUGCGUUCACAUUGUCUGCUGACCUGAGAUCAGUGUUAGAGAGCGACAGCACAAAGGCAGAGUUUUAGGCAGGAUGUUUCUGUCUGUUCCACCGAGAAAAAGAGACGGAGAAUCGGCUAAUCAGCAGUGAGCAUAGAGUCCCAAUGUCUUCAGCAGGAGUUGGUUCUGUCACCAGGUUUGAUCGAGUUAGGGAGAUCCCACACUAUGACCAGGUCCCUGUGGGCUCCCAGUGGCGAGACCCGGAAUUUCCUCCACCCCCACCACUCUUGCACGGGACAAUGCCAACAGUCAGCUUAGACCCCCUCCCACCUCCUCCUCUUCCUGAACAGCCUGCUGUUGGACCCGAGUCCCUCAACCCUUCCAGCGAUGAUGAGCCAAUGGAGGAUGACUGUGAUGCCAUGGACAUUAAGCCAGUCCACCGCUUCAUCCCCGACUCCGUCAAGAACUUCUUCCGUGGUAACAGUGGUAACCGUGGCUGCAAGGGAUGGUCCAUCCGUCCUCCUCCCCCACCUCUCUCUCCUCCUCACUCCCCAGCCUCCUCAACCAAGAAGAGUGCCAACUGUCACACCACAGCAGGAGUCCCUUGCUCACCUCCCCACUCUGCUCCUCCAUCUCCAUCCCUUCCCGGCUAUUAUCGGGACCACUAUGGCAACUCUGGAGAGUGCUACACCUCUCAGAGAGAACAAGAUCAACUGUUACUGAGUGCCGAAGCUCUAGAAUCUGCAUCUGCAGUGCCUACCAAUUUCUCAAUUCAGACCUACCAGGACCGGGUUGAAGAGUACCACCAGCGCUAUGCCUACAUGAAAUCCUGGGCAGGCCUACUUCGGAUUCUGGGUUGUGUACAACUGCUGCUUGGAGCUGCUGUGUUUGCCUGUGUCUGCGCGUAUGUUCAUAAGGACAACGAGUGGUUCAAUAUGUAUGGAUACUCACAACCACAGCUAUUUGGAGGGAUUGGUGGAGGUGCUGGUGCAUUUGGAAAUGGGGGCAGUUACUAUACAGGCCCCAAGACACCUUUUGUCCUGGUGGUGGCUGGUCUUGCAUGGAUAGUGACUGUUAUUCUUCUUGUUCUCGGAAUGACGCUGUACUACAGAGCCAUCCUUCUCGACUCUUCCUGGUGGCCCCUCACAGAGUGCUCCAUAAAUCUGGUAUUGGCCGUACUGUAUUUAGCAGCAGGGAUAGUGUAUGUGAGGGACACAACUCGAGGGGGCCUGUGCAACAUACCUGUCUUCAAUAAUGGAGUAAAUGGGGCAUUCUGUCGCACUGAGGCUGGCCAGACAGCUGCCAUUGUCUUUCUCUUCAUCACCAUGGUGCUCUACUUUAUUAGUACAGGAGUGUGUCUGAAGCUGUGGAGGCAUGAAGCAGCCAGGAUGAGGACAGAGGGGCUGGCACAGGAGAUGAAAACCAUUGGCUCAUCAGUCCCAUUAUCUAUAUUGGGCUUAGCUUCCAGGGCCUCAGAGCAGACUCCUCUCCCUACCAUCCAGCCAGACAUCAUGGACACUACACACAAUCCAGCAGCUGCUCCACUGAUGCUGCUAGAGCCAGAGAUUCUUCGAGGUCACAUACCAGCUGGACACAUCCCCAAACCUGUUGUUAUAGCUGACUAUGUGGCGAAGUACCCCAGCAUUCAUUCAGAUGAAGAGAGGGAGCAGUACAAGGCUGUUUUCAAUGACCAAUAUGCUGAGUACAAGGAGCUGCAUGCAGAAGUCCAGGCCAUGGCCAAGAAGUUUGAAGAGAUGGAUGAGAUGAUGCAGAACCUUCCCUCCCGACCUUCCAGUCAAAUGGAGAAGGAACGGAUCAGUAGUAUUUUAAUGGAAUAUCAGAGGAAGAAAUCUGACCCAACAUAUUUGGAAAAAAGAGAGAGGUGUGAGUACCUAAAAAACAAGCUCUCUCAUAUCAAACAGAAGAUUCAGGAGUAUGACAAGGUCAAGGACUGUAAGCCUACUCCACAGCUGGAAACUCAGCGCUCGCAAAGCCUCAGUCAUGACAUCCUGGGGCCUUGGAGUGGUGGCGUCCCCUCCUGCCUCUUCCUUGUGUUCGUAUGCUGUGCGGGUAGAGGCGAUCACGCGCACAGUCAGUGUUUUCAUUGUCUUUGUUCUUCAUCUGAGGGUCACAGCUGUGUUCAUCCGGAACAGACGGUCCAUCACACAAGUAUGCCGAGCAACAAACACAGCCAUCCAUCAUACCAGCCAAGUGGUAGCAAACACCACAGCAGCAGACAUAGGCACAGUGAGCUCAUGUCCAACCCAGCUUUUUCCUACUAUCCAGGAGACAAAAUGCUUCACUUCUAUCGCUGGACAUCACCACCAGGUGUGAUGAAGAUAUUAUGUAUCAUCAUCAUCGUCAUGUGUGUGGCUGUGUUUGCGUGUGUUGCCUCCACCCUGGCUUGGGACUAUGAUAUGAGCCUCAUGGGUCUGGGAGGUGGAACUGGCUUGUUGCCAGGUUAUGGCGGCUCGUAUGGCAGCUCAUAUGGUGGCUCAUUUGGUGGCUCAUUUGGUGGCUCAUAUGGUAGCGGUAUUGGCAGCAGCGGUUCCUAUGGCUAUGGAACACAAAUGGAUCCCAAAGCUGGCAAAGGCUUUAUUAUUGCCAUAGCUGCCAUUACCUUCAUAGCUGUCCUCAUCAUAUUUGUCUUGGUUGUUUCCAGGCAAAAUGCUGCCCGCUCAUCAAAGUUCUACCUAGCAACCAUCAUUAUCUGUGCUGUCUUGGCAUUUCUGAUGAUCAUUGCCACUAUUGUGUAUCUGGUGGCGGUGAACCCAACAGCACAGUCCACAGGAUCUAUGUAUUACAACCAGGUUCGCCAGCUGUGUGCCCAGUACCAGACUCAGACUCAGGCCCAGGGCAUCUUCCUCAACCAGUACCUUUACCAUUACUGUGUGGUGGAGCCCCAAGAGGCCAUAGCUAUCAUCCUGGGCUUUCUGGUCUUUGUUGCCCUCAUCAUCCUGCUGGUGUUUGCAGUCAAGACUCGCUCAAAGAUCAGGCGCUGGGGCCAGGACCGUAUUCUCUGGGAGGAAGUGAAGGUGGUCAAUACUGGUCUUCACAACAGUAUCGGGGAGUGGGUAAACAAUGUGUCUGGUGAACCAGAGGUGCUGGUUAAUGACCACAAUGACAAAAUUGGGAGUUCUAGAGACUACCUGGACCAGCUAGACCACCAUAAGCCCCUUUACCUACCCGGAGACUCGGACAUCAGCAGCUCUGUGGGAGGCCUGAAACCUAGGCUAAAGGACUAUGAUACUGGUGUGGAAUCAGGAGAUGACCUAGAGGAAGAGGACUUCAGUGUCUUGUUUCCCUCCAUUGUGGAUGAGCAAGAGCGUCUGAGCUACAAACGGGAGUUUGACCGAGAUCACCAUGAGUACAAAGGCCUGCAGACUGAACUGGACAACUUAAACCAGGACUUAGCUGAUCUGGACAGAGAGCUGGACCAACAUCCUGAGGGCAGUCCACAGUUCCUGGAUGCCAUGAAUGAAUACACCAGGCUGAAGAAUCUAAAGAAGUCAUCAGACUAUCAAAUUAAGAAGAAGCGGUGUAAAUAUCUCAGGUCCAAACUGUCACACAUCAAGAGAAAGAUCAGUGAAUAUGACCGCCGACCUUGAACCUUCACCUGUGACCCUGUUCAUGCAGAGAAAGAGACAAAUCUGCAAUUUCCCACCCUGCUGUUUUUAAUUGUGUGACUUUAUUACAAAAAUAUUUGUGAUUGCUAUGGUGGCAGCCUAUUGCCACUAUAUUUUAAUUUUUUUUAAUCAACCAAUCCAGAUUUUCCACAAGGGAAGGGUUGAAUGAAAUGUGCAUUCUUUAUUAUUGUCUUUGACCAACUCUGAAACCUCUGUCAGUUACACAGAGAACUAUUUUUACUAACAAUGAAUGUGUAUAAAAUGUAUUGUGUUUUGUUUGUCUUCUGGAUUUAGACAAGGAGAGAUGUAUUGUGAGAUAUUUUGUACCAGUGCUAGUCAUUUUCAUGGAACGGUUGUUCUGUUUCUUUUAUAGCUUUACAAAUAAACAAAACAAGCUUGACAAUUUCAUGUAAAAUUAAGGCACAGCUAAAAUAAGACAUGCAUUUGUUGCCAUCAUUAGGUCACUCCCUAUCCAGUGUAAAUAAAUAAAAGUAAUAAAACAUUUAUUUCUAGUAUUAAAUAGUUGUGUUUUAAGCCUUUCUGUACUCUUCUGUUGUUUUCCAUAAAACUGUGUAAAAGAUGAACCUCUGUCCUUGCUAUUGUGGUCUUUUCUCAUAGUGGAUAUUUAAGGGAAAACCCCAGAUUAACUAAAUCAUCAUUGAUGCUCCAUGUGCUAUUAAAAUGGUAAUUUCCAGGAAAUAAUUUCACUUCCACGUUAUUCAAACAAUCCCACCACCUUGUCCGUUUCUUUGAAUUCUGCCGAUUAUUUUUUUAACAGCCAUGGGCUCUUCCUUUGAGAUGGACGCAUAGUGUACAUGGUGCCGUCGUUAAAAUGUAUCCGUCUGUAUAUUGUGCAAUGUAAACGUUCAAUAAACAUGCAAUCGUUACUUA